AUGACUGAAACAGACCUGCUACACAUCCCGAUACCGCAUUUCCCCCCGUUCAAACUCAGGUCGUCGAUGAUUGACAAGGACCCUGUUAUUUGGGCUCAUUUGUUAGAUGCUUACAUUCAGUUGAUGCAACUAUUGCUCGACCCCCAAACACCAAAGCUAAGUGUCAGGUCUCAGCAACAGUUGCAGAUGUUUUUGAAACUCUAUUUACAAGAAACAAGCGUUGAGAGUGAGAGAGUUUUUUCUUUGGGAGCUAUCAAUCCGGAUAUCAAACGAAAUUCGGAAAUCUUGCGUACAUAUGUGUUUCAACUAAUCAAGAAUUUUAGCUUUGUAAAGUUGAGCAUGAGUGGGGAAAUGAUUUGGGAUUUUGUUCGAAUAUAUGCUGAAAAGAAUGCACAAACCGUGAGGAGUCUCAUUGAUGGAUCGUUCAAAUCAAAGUUUAACGAUAAUAAAAAGUCUGGAAGUAUAUCUUCAAUUCCAGUGUUGCAUAAACAUCUUGAAAAAUUGAUAUCGGAAGGAAAGUUUUCAUCAAAUGAUUUGAGUUGUUUCAGUAUAUUGCUUGGACAGCAUGUUUCCAAAACGAUUUAUUCGAUGGGAUCAAACAAGACAGUAAAUAAAAGUCAAAAUAACAGUCUCCACUUUGCGGAAACCUUUGUCACAUCACUGUGGAUAGAGUUUUUGGACUUAGCUUAUGCUGAUGGACGGGGUUCGAAUGCUGACACAGCCAAGAACGUUAUAAUCCUUUCCGUGAUAUCCUUGUCAGCUCCUAAAUUGUCAAAGUUAGCAUCAGAGUUGGGAAUUACUUCAGUUGACACAUUGAAUAUUGCACCUUUGUUCAGUGCAGUUAUUGCAUCUAAUGCUUUAAAAGAUUUGAUACCGAAAUUGGAGGAGAGACUACCGUUCCUCAGACAUGUCAAUAAUGAUGUAAAUGAUAUAGAUGAUGACGAAAAUGAAGGGGAUUUUGCGGAAAACAUCGAGGGAAUAUCGCUUUUGGUUGAUUUAUUUCCUGCAUUGACAGAGAAGAAGGCGAAAGUGAUUUUGAAAGAACAUGAUGGAGAUGUCGAGUUUGUCACUAAUCUUCUUUUGGAGAAUCCGGAUCGUAUCACCUCCAUAGAGGAAACUCCGUCAAUACAAAAGACUGUGGAGAAUGCUAACACGGCAAUCCAAAAGAGGUCAAUAUACGACGACGAUGAUAUAUCAAGGGGCGACUUUUCUAAAGCUUCCGUUGUUUUCGGAAAGAAACAGAAAGCUCAUCUUGGUGCAGCAGAUGAUGACUUGAAAAAGAAGACUUUGAAUGCGGCGUUGAGGUUGAUUUAUGAAAGUGACGAAGAUGAACCCGAUGACACUUACGAUGAUCAAGAGAAGACCACAGGCACCGAUUUGGAGGAAGACUUGAGAAAGAAAAAGGGAGCAAAGCCAUUACAAGAUGUUGAGGAGAAGAAGCCGUCGUUUUCUGCAGUUGAACCAACAGAACGGCAUCUAUUCAGUAUAUUCAAAAAAGAGGGAGCCGAUGCUUUUGCCAGAAGUUCACGAAAAUCCAGUCAACGUCAACAGAUGAAAAAGAGCAUCAAUUGGUCGGAUGAACAAAUCGAGGGAUGGCUACGCAUGCUUCUCAAAUCCCCUCGAAGGUACAAGAUACUCGAAGAGGAUUACUUAUAUGGCGGUGGAAACCCAAAUAGACUGCAACAAGCAGAGCCUCUGGCAGCACACGAAGUAGAUAAGGCAUCUUCUAAGAAGUCCCCUACUCCAAAUAAUGCCCAAGAAUCCAAAGAACGAGUUAAGCACAUUCAUGCCAGGAACGAAAAGAACAAAGCUUCCAAAUCGAAUCAUAACCGGAAGUCCCGACAUGAUAAGAAGGCCAAUUUGCAACUUGCCGGGAUGAAGGAGUAA